AUGAUGGCGGCAGAGACGACAGAAACGCCUCGGCGGCGGCUCUUCAGCAGCCCCGCAAAAGGCGGCGCGGAUGGCCGCGUCGGUAGCACCGCUGGGGGCGCCGCUGACCCUGUCCCCGCCCGCGCCGCGACUUCCGGCGGAUUGAAAGAAACCAUCGAAUCGGGGAGGAAACGCGGGGCGUGGACGGCGGCGGAGGACGCGGAGCUGAGCGCUUACGUGGCAAAAUUUGGCGCCGGAUAUUGGAAGCACGUGGCGGAUGCGACGGCGCUGAAACGCGACGCGCAGAGCUGCCGUCUGCGGUGGUCCAGCUACCUAGACCCUAAGGUCAACCGCGCGCCGUUCACCCCAGAGGAAGACGCCCGGCUGCUAGCAAGUGUCGCAUGUGGCUCCCCUCGUCUUAAAUAA